AUGCCGUUUCCGUUUGUGCUUUCCACAACGUCCCAUAUCUCGUUCCAGGCCAGCCUGACCUCAUCCACCCAUCCCUCACUUCCUUCAGCGGCUACAUCUCAGCGAGCCAUUGUCCGGGCGGCAUUGAAAACGCACAAGAGAUUGUCCCCCUCCCAGCAGGCAAAUAAUCUGCUGUCACUUUCGUCCACGAUCCAAACCUACUUACGCUACCUCAGCAGCUUAGAUCUCGCACUGUCUGGUAAGGCCGUGGCUGGAGAGGACGUUGAUAUUGCACUCGCCAAAGAGCCCGAGAUCGAAUGGCGUCCCACACUCAGCUCCACUGCGAUCCCGGGUCGUGACAAUGAACGUGUCAAGGGCAAAGGCCUUGACUAUGAGAUUUUCUUCAUCCACCACACCCUGGCGCUGAUACAAAAUUUACUGGCCAGGCAGUCUUUACUGGGCCUGUACGCCGCAGUCAGCCCGACUCCUGAAGAACGGACGGCGUCGGUCCAGAACGCGACCAAAUUUCUGAAGACAGCCUACUCUCUCCACUCGUAUUUACUACUGAGAGCGAACUCAUCGACAGAUGGGCCUCCUACAUUUCCCUCCGCAGCGGUUGACGUGUCCCCCGCCGUACAAUCGGGUCUCCAGCACUUGACGCAUGCAGAGUUCAAUCUCCUGUGUGUGCUGAAAGACGACCCCUAUCCAGCACUCCUGAUCCAGUCAAGAAACAAAGACGACAAGGAGUGGAUGAUCCGAGCGCCUCAAAUUCCAAAGGUACGUGCCCAAGUGCUGACACGGCUAUGCAUUGGAGCAUCACAACACGCGUCUGCCUCGUUGGCCGCGCUGAAGAUGGAAGGCGCAAGAGUGUCCAAGGACCUGCUAGAGUACUGUGACGGCAUCCAACGAUCGUCCCGAGCAAAAGCAUGCCGGUUUCAGGCAUUAGAUGAGGACGGGGCUGGGCAGAUCGGAAAAGCGAUCGCCUGGAUCCGGGCAGCCAUGGACGAGCUCGGGCUUGACGUGGCCAAGGAAGGGACAAAGUCGUCUGGUCUCGGGAAACUGAAGAACUCAUGGCUCGAGCGGAGAGAAGACAAACGCAUUGAAAAGGGGAGCACAAACUGGGGCCUGGACGGUGGAAAGCUUGAAGAGGCCCGGAUCGUGGAAUACCUGGCCAAGAAGUUCAACAAGGAGAAUGACACCAUCAGCAACCAGUUGGUCCCUGAAUGGAAGCCUCUGCUGGCGACUCUGCCGAGCGGGAUGAACAUGCCCAUCGACGAGAGAUGGAAGCCGGCGUUGGUGGAAGAGGACGAGUUGGCAUCCAUGAGGGCUCCUCCGGACGAGGAUGACCUCGCUGCCGCAAACAGUUCGGAUGACGAGGCGGACAUGGCCAAGGAACCAGUAGGCGCAUUCCCUGGGACUCAACGAGAUUACGGUGGCAGGGCCACAAGCUACUAUUGA